AUGGAGCAGGCGUAUGCACGUCGUUCUCUGCCCCAGAGAGUCCGGUUUGCUACAGCUGUCCUGCUCAUCCUCUGGUCGCUAGCGUCCAUUUCGACCGGCAUUCGGUCUUCCAUCCUCUCGGAGACUCAUCCAUCGGCGGUUCCUCUCCACGCCGCAGACAUCAUUCAUAAGUGCAAGGCGCUCCGGGCCACGCCUGGACCUCCCGCUGACUUCGCUGACCGUACCAAAUCGGACAGAUUCCAGCCGGGGACGCGUCCGAUCCUCAUCCGCAACGCUUCCCUCUGGACCGGUCGCGUGCAGGGUCUCGAAGUCGUUCAAGGCGAUCUCUAUAUCGACAACGGUCUCAUAAAAGCCGUGGGCUAUGUCACUCACGAGUCCAUCGAUGCUGACAACGUCUACGUUUUGGAUGUCCAUGGGGCAUGGGUUACGCCUGGCAUUGUCGAUCUACACUCUCAUCUCGCCGUCGACCCGUCGCCUACUUUUAGCGGAAGCUCCGAUGUCAACUCUAUGAACGGACUCAUUCUGCCCUGGCUCCGCUCUCUCGAUGCUAUUAAUACACACGAUGACGGGUUCGCGGACACGGUGUCCGGUGGGGUCACCACGUCAUUGAUUCUCCCCGGCUCCGCUGAUGCUAUCGGUGGGCAGGCAUUCGUAAUCAAACUCAGACCCACUAAAGAUCGUACGCCGACGUCAAUGCUGCUCGAGCCUCCGUUCACGAUCAAUGGUUCUGUUCCACUGACCGGAAAUAAAAUGACAGGCACGCUUGUGGAGAGAACCCUGCUCGAGUAUAUUCUGGUAGUCGCAUGGACACAACUUGGGCUUUCCGUCAAGCGUGCUUAUUCGCCCUUCAUGCCCAUGAAUGACAUCACACUGAUGGUCGACGUUUUUAGGUACGAUCAUGCUCGCACGAUCAAGCACGCCCAGGACGAGUAUUGUUCGGAUGCGUUAGCCGGCAACUGGCAAGCGCUCACUGGCCGAACUUUCCCGGAGGACUUGCAGUGGGAGGCAUUAGUCGAUGUUCUUAGGGGGAGAGUCAAGGUCCAAACACAUUGCUAUGAGGCAGUCGAUUUUGAUAGCUUUGUUCGAUUGUCCAACGAGUUUCAAUUCCCUGUUGCAGCAUUCCACCAUGCUCACGAAGCCUAUCUCGUUCCGGAAUUAUUGAAGAAAACAUAUGGUAAUCAUCCCCCUGCGAUUGCUAUGUUCGCUGCUUUCUCGAGGUACAAGCGGGAGGCUUACAGGCAUUCUGAAUAUGCUCCUCGCAUACUCGCCGACAGUGACAUUCAAGUGGUUAUGAAGUCCGACCAUCCUGGAAUCGUAUCAAGGUAUCUGUUGAACGAGGCAGCUCAGGCUCAUUACUAUGGCCUUCCGGAGAACAUUGCAUUGGCGUCGGUUAUUAGCACACCUGCGACUGUAUUGGGUUUGGAUCAUCGCAUUGGAUUCCUGAAGGAAGGCAACCGAUCAGGCUACGAUGCAGAUGUUGUCGUCUGGGACAGCCACCCUUUGUCGUUAGGUGCCACGCCUAGUCAGGUCAUCAUUGAUGGUAUUCCUCAAAUUAGUGUGCCGCAUACUGUCAAGAAGCCUGCUUCGUAUCAACAUGCCCCCAAAACGCCCAAUUUCGACAAGGAGGCUGUGGAGACGCUCAGGCAUAGCGGUCUUCCGCCUCUGAAGGCUGCACAGUCGACGAGUGAUAUCGUCGUGUUUACGAACGUCACACACGUCUGGGUGAAAGACGCAGCCCAGGGUGUUGUCGAUUUGUUUGCUAUGAGCAACAAUGACAACCUGCAGGGUACCGUAGUUGUAGCCGAGAAUGGUAGGAUCGUCUGCUCCGGCAGUUCGGUGCUGUGCGCUUCGUAUGUCACUCACCCAGAGGCUGAGGCCAUCGACCUCAAGGGAGGCUCCUUGCAACCUGGCUUGGUCUCUUUUGGUUCUGCGCUCGGCCUUCAAGAAAUUUCCAUGGAGUCUUCGACCACUGAGGGCGUGUCUUAUGACCCAUUCACGAUGGAGGUACCGUCUAUAGCUGGAGGAUCUGGGUACAUGCCCAGAGCAAUCGACGCAUUACAGUACGGAACGCGGGAUGCACUGCUGGCUUAUAGGCAUGGGGUCACUGUCGGGGUCACUGCGCCUGAGCGUACCUCCCUCCUCGGUGGUCUUAGUGCUGGGUUCGCGCUGGGGUCUGCACACAAACUUGAGAGGGGUGCUAUCGUACAGGAGGUGACUGCUUUGCACAUUCAAGUUGCGCACCAGGGCGCUCCAAGUGUCAGUACACAAAUAGCAACAUUGAGACAGUAUCUCCUGCACUCUGUCGGAGAAGGCGCGAAGUACUUUCAACAAGUUGUCAAUGGCACACUUCCGCUUGUAAUUGAUGUGAACAGUGCAGAUAUCAUUGCGACUUUGAUCAGCCUCAAGCGUGAAGUGGAGGCAAGUACGGGCACUGCUUUAAAGAUGACCAUAGCGGGCGCUACCGAAGCCCACCUGCUCGCAAAGGAGCUCAGCGAAGCUAAUAUUGGUGUGAUCUUAACACCUGCAAGAUCCUACCCGUACGACUGGGAUCACAGGCGCACCUUGCCCGGGACACCCGUCACCCAAUAUAGUGCAGUCGCAGAACUGGCGAGGCACAAGGUUAAAGUCGGCCUGGGUCCGCAAGGUGUGAAUGGUAUCUCCUCCAUGAACACAUGGGCCGUACGCAACCUGCGCUUCGACGCCACAUGGGCGUAUAUCGGGGCUCCAGAUAUCUUCACCAAAGCAGAUGCCUUCGCCCUUGCGUCGUCAAACAUCGAAGAUCUGCUUGGCGUCAAGACUAUUCCUGGUGAGGAGGACCUCGUAGCGACGACCGGGGGGGAUCUACUUGGGUUUGAAGGGAAAGUCACUGCUCGCGGCAAUCCGAUAUUGGAAUCCGUCAGGAAUAUAGGGAAGGAGUUCGGCGAUAUUGUUGCGGAUUAUCAGGUUGGAAGGACGACGGGUGUGUUGUUCUUGAGUUUACGAUAUCAUCGGUUGCAUCCAGAAUACAUCCAUCAGCGCAUUGAGCGAUUGGGGCGUUCGUACAACCUCCGAAUUCUUUUGCUCAUGUGUGAUGUGAGUGAACACCAGGAGCCUAUCAGGGAGCUCACCAAGGUUUGCCUCAUCAACAACAUGACGAUCAUGGUGGCUUGGAAUGCCGAAGAAGCUGGUUUCUACCUAUCCACAUACAAGCAGUUCGAACACAAGCCGCCAGACAUGAUCAAGGAACGUGUAGACAAAGAUUACUAUUCGAUGCUACGAACUGCCCUGACUUCCAUCAGCAAGGUCAACAAAACUGACGUAGAAACUUUGCGAACAUCAUUAGGCGUGGGUAUUAUACCCUUUAAUUCCGUACUCUACUCUGAACUAUCUGCGCGGCAGAGUUUUGCUGACAUUGCAAGGGCAUCGUCUGACCAGCUACAAAAAAUGCCAGGUUUUGGACAAGUCAAAGCUAGAAGAAUUGUAGAUGCGUUCGAGAAGCCCUUCCGGAAUAGCGCAACAAGCACCUUGUCUUCGCAGCGCCAGGCUGGAGCAAACAGCGACAAAGGGAAAGGAAAACAACAGCAGCCGGAUGUAACAUCGACCGAGCCUGCCGUUGUCGUUUCACGACGAGCUAGGGAUCCGAGCCCCUUAUGGGACAUCGGGCUUGACCUCAAUGACCAUUCGUCUCCCGAUGUAGAGGCAGGACCUGCAAUUGAACACCAUAAUGCUCUACAAUCUUUACUGAGUCCAGGGAGUAGAAAACGGCCGCCCAGUCCAGUGUGGGAUAUUGAACUGGACCUCAAUGAAUCUGACCAGGAGAGCGAGGCGGGACUGGUCAGAAGCAAGAAAAGAAAGACAGACGCGACGUUCGGUGAACCUUCAGUUCUUUUGAAGACUGGGUCAUAG